UGAAUGACAAUCUUUAAAGCAAAGUUCCAGUGUCAGUAUGUUCAGGCGCCAUGGAGUCCCCUGGUUGCUCACCUGGGUGGUGGUGCUGAUCUGUCAGGCUGGAUGCUGCCUCCUGGAUUCCAUUGGUGCAGCAGGGAGUUUCAGCCAUGUGCAUCCUUUCAGCAAUAAAUCAAACCUUGACCAAGGUUAUUGUGAAAGAAAAAGAAAAACAAAUAAUUUUAGUGUGUGGAGCCUUUCUUCAGAAAGCCUCAUAGCUACGCUGCCUGUUGAUGCUAUUCCAGAAAACUCAAUUCGUAAAGUACGAGACUGCAUUUUUUCAGUAGCCUACCCUACUCCUUUUAUAUCCAGAGUUGUUCUUGUAGCAGUUUCACAGGAUGUUCUGGAAGGUAUUUUGGACCUUGAUGUAUCUGUCAAAGAAACAGAUGAUUUUCUCCAGCUUGUCAGUGGUGGGAAAGUGGUUUUAGGGUCUAUUCCUCUGGCCCAUAGGUAUGGAGGCCAUCAGUUUGGUAGUUGGGCAGGUCAGCUGGGUGAUGGAAGAGCCCACUUGAUUGGAGUGUACACAAACAGGUAUGGUGAGAGAUGGGAAUUACAGUUGAAAGGUUCAGGAAAAACUCCAUAUUCAAGAAAUGGUGAUGGAAGAGCUGUGCUUCGCUCCUCUGUGCGAGAAUUUUUGUGCAGUGAGGCCAUGCACUACCUUGGAAUUCCUACAAGCAGGGCAGCUAGCUUAGUUGUAAGUGAUGAUGAUGUGUGGAGAGACCAGUUUUACAAUGGAAGUGUUAAAAAAGAAAGAGGUGCAAUAGUCCUGCGUGUUGCCAAAUCGUGGUUUCGUAUAGGUUCCUUGGAAAUUUUAGCUCAUUCUGGGGAACUGGACUUGCAAAGGACACUGCUAGAUUUUGUCAUACAAGAACAUUUUCCAUCAGUAAACAUGGAUGAUUCAAAUAGAUAUUUGGACUUUUUCUCUAGAGUGGUAUUGGAGAUUGCAAAUCUGAUUGCAUUGUGGAUGUCAGUGGGCUUUGCUCAUGGUGUGUGCAAUACAGAUAACUUCAGUUUGUUAUCCAUAACAAUAGAUUAUGGUCCAUUUGGUUUUAUGGAGUCCUAUGAUCCAAAUUUUGUUCCAAACACAUCUGAUGAUGAAAGGAGGUAUAAAAUAGGAAACCAAGCAAAUGUUGGGAUGUUUAAUCUGAACAAGCUGUUACAAGCUCUAAAACCUGUAUUGGAUCGCAGACAAAAGCAGCUUGCUUUCCAGAUUCUGGAGGGAUACUCUGAGCAUUAUUAUACACGUUUUACAGAACUAUUUAGAGCAAAAUUAGGUCUCCUUGGGGAGAGUGAGGAUGAUAACUAUUUGAUUGCAUUUCUCCUAAAACUCAUGGAAGAUACAAAGGCUGAUUUUACAAUGGCAUUUCGGCAGCUCAGUGAGAUUACUCAACACCAGCUAAAAGAGCUCCGUAUUCCUCAGGAAUUCUGGGCUCUGCAGGACCUUGCUAAACACAAGUUCUUUUCAGACUGGGUUACUAUAUACCUCUUGAGAUUAGGACGUAACAUGGGUGAUUCAGACAGUACAAGAAGAAAAAGAAUGACAGCUGUCAAUCCUAGAUAUAUACUUAGGAAUUGGAUGGCAGAAUCAGCAAUACAAAAAGCAAAAAUGAAUGACUUUUCAGAGGUCCAUCUUCUGCAGGAAGUUUUACAACAUCCCUUUCAGAGGCAAGCAGCAGCAGAGAAAGCUGGCUAUUCACUACGUCCACCUUCUUGGGCCAAAGACCUUAAAGUCAGCUGUUCAUCCUGAUGAAGAGCAGCUGAAGCAAGAGAAAAUGAGUAGGGUCAGAGCUCAAGCCUUCAAACUGGUGUGGGGGAACUAGGCAACACUACCCGCUCUCUCUCUGUAGGCGUGAUUCCUUCCGAUCUGCUGUGUGAAAUUUUGACCAGGUUUGUCAAGAAAAAUGGAGUUCUGCAUGGUUCUAUCAGUAGGUAAUUUGCUGGCAUUUCUAGCUCUGACCCACAUACCUAUUGAUGCAUUAAUUUGUGUCCUAGAAAAAAUAGAGUUCAGUCAGGCUGUCACAUUAACCUCCCCAAAUCCAUCCUCUUAGUGCUAUGUCUUGAUUAGUUGCUUCUAGAUAAGUUUAAAAUUUUCCUGACAUAGUUUUAAUCAUGGAAUAUUUUAAUUAAUGUCCCCACUAGGUGUGACACACUGUUCAAAUAUAAUUACAUUCUGUUCUGAAGAAGGUAUUUGGAGAUUUGAAGCAGGAAGCAAAUCCAGUUCUUAGCUGGACAGGAUUAGUAUUGCAAAAUGGUUCCUUACUAAGUUUUAUGUAGGUGACCUCAUUGCUUCCCAUUAAACUGCCAAAUAGUUUUUUAAGGAAAUUAAAUUAAAUGGUGAGCAAAUUUAUCUAUGGAAUGAAUUGUCCAAGACUAAAGUGGGAUGUUCUUUGUAUACCCAGCUGUCUAUGGGCUUAGCUCACCCCACUUCCAAUGUUUAGCAUUUGACAGCAUUAUUAAGAUUUACACCUCUACCUCGAUAUAACGCGACCCGAUAUAACACAAUUCAGAUAUAACGCGGUAAAGCAGUGCUCCGGGGGGCGGGGCUGCUUUACCUCAUUAUAUCUGAAUUCGUGUUACCGCAAGCGGUUCCUCUGCACCCGCAUUACUUGCUGCGACCCUCCUCCGUUCCGCCUCUUCUCAUGAGCGCGCCGCAGCUCCGCUUCUUCCCCAAACAACUGAUUGGCGCGGCAAGCCUGGAAGGGAGGGAGAAGCAGAGCGAUGGCGGCACGCUCAGGGAGGAGGCAGAGUGGAGGUGAGCUGGGGCGGGGAGCAGUUCCUCUCCCUACCCCAAUGUAACGCGGGCUCACCUAUAACACGGUGAGAUUUUUCGGCUCCCAAGGACCGCGUUAUAUCGGGUAGAGGUGUAUUUUGUACUGGUGUAAUUCCUCAGGGAAUGUCUACUAGCUGGACAUGGACUCUUCCUGAAGAUAACUCAGUAUAUACAUUGAAAUUAGAUCAAGAUGCCUUUCAUACCCACUUUUCAGCUGUGCAGUGGAAGUCUAGCAAAAAAACACUGGAAAAAAAUGGAGAUAUUGCUGAAAAUGUGUCACUUAACAAUCCAAUGGAUAAAUAUGUAGAGAUUUUAGUCUUCCCAUCCUUAGAGGCUGAGAUUGCCUUCCAUUAUGAGCCUUUAAUUUCAUAAUUAUAAUGUUAUGGAAAGCUAGUAUUUUUCAGGAAUGCUUAAGGUAAAUUAAAUUAUUUGGAAGAUCUGAGGGUUCAAGAAUGAGGUGAUCUUGUUACCCUAAAAUUUUAGACGCCAGUUAUGUUAGCCUACCAAUAGUGCUUUUAAUUUAAUGAAAGGGUAAUAAGGUUGUGGUUGCCCUGAAAGAAUUGCCAGGAUGUUACCAGGGGGCUUGUCUCAGGUCCACAGAGGGCUCCCCAGAGAAAGCUAGUCUUACUAACCCCUGAAAGGACACACAUACAGCCUUCCACUCAAGGAUGGAUACACAAGCAAUAAUUCUUUGAAAACAAAAGUAUUGUCUGUUUAAAGAAAUAAGUGGUUAUUUCAGUGUAUUUAAUGAAGCAAGAGAGAAUACAUAGACUAUAGUAAAACACAACAGAAUUACAUUUAAAAGAAGAGACGCAACAAAAUCAAAGGCACAGACAAUAUAGAUAACUAUCACAUACAGGAAAUAUAGUAGUUUCAAUGUAACAUGCGCAUAGAGAUUUCCGUGUCCACAAAGGUUUUUAGUUUUAGUGAUACAGUUUAACUUUGUACUUAAUACCAUGUGGUAUACGUGACCUCUGUACACAUAUGAAAAACCAUUACCGUAUUCACAGAUUAAAAAUAAACAUUUACUUGACAUCAACAUUAACCCUUAACAUUAAACAUUUAACAUGCUGUAUGCGCUGGCCAAGCGGUUUCAAGACGGGUAGGGGAGAUCUCACUCAAGGUACAGGCAUCCAGCUUUAUUUACAAACAAAUCUAUACACUCUUAAAUAAUAGGUAGAAAAGAAGAUCAGACUUGAACUUUUUAUUCAAAAUUUCCCUCUGACCCGUCUAAUUGGUCCUUCUGCUCUGUCUGAUUUCCAGACCUAUGGGCUCCACAGCUGUGCUGUUGCUCAUUCGGGAUACAGAUGCAAUGGCGGUUGCUGCUCUUCUGUUGCUGUUGGCAAGGUAGCUGCUAGCAGGCAGUUGCUCAUUGUCACGGCAACCUUAGAAUGCUGCUGCUGUUUUCCCAGGUAGCUGCUUUUCAGGUAGCUGCUUUUCAGGCUGUUUAGUUCUUUUAAGGCAGCUUCCGUUCUUAUGCAAAGCUUCAAACCCACUGCCUUCAGCCUGUUAGCUGAAAGCCUCCUACAAUCUCAGCCUGCUAUCAAACCCACUGUUCUCAGCCUGCUGGCUGUUGGCCUUGUAUAUUAGUUGCGCUCUCAAGAUCAGAUCCUCUCAGCCAAUCAGCUUCUAGCUUUUCAGCUCCUCCCCAGGACAUCAUACUUAUUUUUAGGUAGGAAAGCUCCUCCCCUGAUGCCAUCUUAGAAUCUAGACCUUUCUAAGCUCCUUUCUCUAACUCCUUUCUCUCUUGUUUGCUGGAACUUUCCCCGACCUAAAUUUGAACUAUGUCAUUACCAUCCCUGCCAUUUUGAUCAGCCAUGUUGGAUUUUCUAAAUUUAAACCGUCAUUAAUUUCUACUUAAUUAGAGCCUUAAUCUUAAAACUAAUUACUCUUUUAUGCGAACCAAAGUGUUCUGAUACUGUCGCCACCUUAAUUAUAUCAGUUGGAAGAAGUGAAUUCUACAGCAUUUUUAAACCCCUUCCAAGUGUUUUCUGUAAGUCUCUAUUAAGGUGCUGCAAAGUACUUUAGAACAUUCAAAGCAGAAUCUUUCACUACAGUCUCACUUCCUGAACUAUUACUGAACAGUGAUUUGGAUUUUGGAUAGCUAGGACUAGAAACUCCAAUUUUCUUUAACGUCUUUUGAUUCUGAAAAAAGAGGCAAUUUAGCAGUAUGAUGACCAGUCCAGAAAUAUAUCCAUUGUAUUUUCCCCCUACAUUAGCUCUCUCCCAGUGGUCAGAAAAGAAGAUUUUACAUCUAUUCACUGGUGACGACCAUCAGGAUGGUUGGUUAUUCAAGACAAUUUCCCAAUAUAUGCAGGGUUUAUAACAAUGGUGGGCAACCUGCGGCCCAUCAGGGUAAUCUGAUAGCGAGCUGUGAGACAUUUUGCUGACAUUGACCAUCCGCAGGCACCGCCCCCCGCAGCUCCCAGUGACUGUGGUUCUCUGUUCCCAGCCAAUGGGAACUGUGGGAAGAGGCAGCCAGCAUGUCCCUGCAGCACCUUCGUCUGCAGGCGUCGCUUCCCAUAGCUCCCAUCGGCCGGGUUUAUAAGGUAAAAGUGUUAUGAUGUGAGACAUAAUAUAAACAUGUAGCCAUAAAUCUCUUAAGUCCAGAUGAAAAAUUAGACAUCUUACACGAUAAGAGCUCAGGGUAGGAAGAAUGGGGAACUACAAGCGCAACAGUUACAGUGUACAAAACCAAUGCCAAUAGUUUCUCCAUUCAAUCAGCAAAUUAUGCACUAAGUACAUUUAAUGUAUUUAAGAAAUCCAUAGGCCAAAGCUGUGAACUUCUUUAAACAUUUUCCAAAAUAUCUUUCCUCAAGUGUCCUUCAUCAAAAUGUCUCUGUUUUAUAAACAAGGUGCAGUAA